AUGGCCGACAAGUCGUACAUCAUCGUCGGCGCCGGCGUUUUCGGCGUCUCGACUGCUUUCCACCUGAUCAAAAAGUACCCCAAUGCAGACAUCACCAUUGUCGACCGUGAUGCCUUCGACCAAGACACGCGUGUCGCCGCUUCGUGGGACUGGAACAAGGUUGUUCGCGCCGACUACGACGACAUUGUAUACUGCAGGAUGGCCAUCGAGGCACAAGACAUGUUCAAGACAGACAACCUGUGGAAGCCCUACUUCUACCAGACCGGUAUCUACUGGAUGUGCCGUAGCGACUACGCUCAAGAAGUUGUCGACAACUACAAGAAGCUGGGCAGAGCUGCCGACCUCAAGGCUGUGCCCAUUGAAGAGGCACGCAAGAUGUACGGUGGUCUGUUCGAGGACGCCGACUAUACCGGCGUCAAGGAGGUUCUUGUCAACAAGACCAGUGGCUGGGCCACUGCUGGCGAAUGUCUGAUUGGCAUUACUCGUGAAGCUCUCAGACUCGGUGUCAAGUACAAGCAGGCUGAGGUCGCUUCAUUGCUCCUCGACAAUGGCCGCUGUACCGGCAUCAAGACUGCAGCUGGCGAGACUCUGACUGCCAAACACACUCUUCUCUGCACCGGCGCAUACACACCAAAGCUGCUCGAGUACUGUGCUCAAGCCAGUGGUAACAACAAUCUUUGCGCUGGCGACAGAAUUGUUGCUGGUGGUAUCACUACCGGCAUGACAAGGCUCGACGAGGAUUCAUACCGCAGAUUUGCAUCCAUGCCUGUUGGUGUUCAAGGCUACACUGCCGAGACUGGACCUUUCAUCGGCAGUCUACCACCCACUAGAGACAGAGAGCUCAAGUGGUGGGGCCAGAAGAUUUUCAAGAACGACACAGAAGUCCUGCCUGGACGUACUGUAUCAGCACCUCCUGCAAAGCCCGAUUACGGCCAAUGGGAGGUUUCAAACAGAUUGAAGGAAGACAUUCAAUACGCCAACCACGUCUUCUAUGGAAAGAAGUCGGCACACUGGAACAUGGAGAAGCACCGUAUCUGCUGGGACGCCUUCACAUCCAGCUCCGACUUUAUCAUCUCACCACACUCCGCUGCAAAGGGUCUUUACGUUGCGACAUGCGGUAACUUCCACGGCUGGAAGUUCUUCCCCGUGCUAGGCAAGUACAUCAUCUCCAUGCUGGAGGGCACAUUGGAGCCCGAGUUGGUAGAAAAAUGGGGUUGGGACAGAGAACGUCCUGACCCUAAGUACUUCGCCGACUGGCCUAGACACGAUAUGAAGGAUAUGUUGGAUCCCGUCAGGACCGCCAGGCUAUAA